AACGGGGACACGCUUUGCGAUGGAGACGACGGCUAACCUUUCCGUGAUCGAGUCAAUUCUGAGGAGUCUGUUAACUAGAGUUGGCUCAGGAAGUAUGACUGUUAGUGAGCUCCUACGCUACCUUAUUAGGGUGUGUCAAGUCGGCAGUAAUCAAUUGUCUAAGCCCGACUUCCACCAACACGGAGCUCCAGUGACUCUUGAUAAUUAUAGUGAAGUACACUCCUAUAUGCAGGCAGCAUCAGCAGCCUAUGGUGCGGUAUUCCUGAAUGCUCUGGGCCUGGAAAAGAUAGCCAACUAUAGCCGGUUGGACGAGCCUUUGGAUGUCUCUUGUAUUACCUCUCAUUGCCCAAACAUACGUGAAGUUGUUUGCCUUUCCCAAUCGGAUGGGGCUAAUCAGCCGGUUUACUUCAUGGCAAUUGACACUGAAGGAACACUGAUACUAUCGAUACGAGGAACUGCCAGUAUUGCUGAUACUAUCACUGAUCUUAUGUGCGAUAUCGCUCCUCUCACACAAGGCGACAAAGAGUGGAAGGUCCAUCGAGGGAUCGGAACGGCCGCUAGAAAUGUGGUCAGCUCUGCCCUACCACGUGUGAUGGAAUUGAUGCGGCGAGGGGACUGCAAGAGGUUGGUGGUAACGGGACAUUCUCUGGGGGCAGGCACCGCCAUAUUGGUCAGCAUACUCAUGGCUCGAGAGCUGCCAUAUGUCGUGGAUUGUUAUGCCUUUGCUCCUCCUCCUGUAAGCACCACUGCAUCGCCGAGGCUCCCAAGCGGUUUAAGGUUACAUUCCUUUGUAAAUGGGGAUGAUAUUGUCCCUCGAUUGUCACUACGGGGCGCUGAGGAUCUGUUGGAUGUCGUACGAGUUCCUUCACCAGAAGAUAGUGAUGUGGCUAAUGCCGAUAAGCUGUAUAUACCGGGUAAAGUGUACAUUCUGGAGCCGGAUUCGGUGUGGGAAACGGAUGGUGGAAAUCCGGCGCUGGGUCCUGAAGCGAUGGUCUACUACUGUCAGAGACUGUGUGGAAGCCCUUUCGGGAGUCGGCUUGAUGCAUCCAAGUGUCUAUUCGAUCAUUUCCCCGAUUUUUAUGAGAGCAAAUUAGACCAUUUAGUUCAGCUGAGAUCUCCUGAUGACGAAUAA